AUGUUCAGUUCCAGGGUUUUUGCUUUCAUAGUUUGUCUAGUCUCGUUGGGAUUGUUGGUAGAGGCUUUUCCACCACCCAAGCCACCUAGGGUGUCUUAUAAUACAACUACUCUACAACUAGCCCACGUGCUUUUUAGGCAUGGAAACAGAAACCCAACAUCGGGAACCUACGACAGCAACCCCUACUACGAUGAAAGUUACUAUCCAGAAGGAUAUGGUCAACUAACAAAUGCCGGUAAACUGACAGAGUUCAAAAUGGGGGGCGAACUACGUAAAAGAUUCGACGAUUUCCUAAACUCAACUUGGAACAUCAAUUAUUUGGACGUCAGAAGUACCAACGUUAAUAGAACGAAAAUGUCUGCCGAACUAAUGUUGGCAGGUUUGUAUCCAGCUAGAGGAAGUCAAAUUUGGUCUAAUUUGUUUUGGCUACCCAUUCCCUACAAUUACUACAGUUCAGAUAAGUUACUGGAAGGCCAAAGUGUUUGUUCAAACUUCAAAACUCUGUACAACGAAGUAAUGGACAGCGAUUGGAUGACAGAAUACUUAGAAACGAGAUACGAAGACCUGUUUACUAAUAUCAAAACUUACACAAACCAAACCGGGAGUUUAACGACAGCUUUUUCAUUGUAUUUUGGAUUAUUUGCCCAAGAAGAUGUUGGUUAUGAAUUGGAGGAAUGGACAUCUCUCAUCUAUCCUGAUCCUUUGCUAUCGGCCACCAUGGACCUCUAUUACGUAUAUACCAAUACAACAGCCCUGCGAAAAAUUGUAGCAGGUAAUCUAUUGAAAAAAAUUCUCUCGGAUACCGAAGAAAAAAUUAACGGAUCCAUAGAUCCUUCGACCAGAAAAAUGUUUAUAUAUUCCGCCCAUGAAAUGAACGUCGCAAACAUGUUACUAACACUGGGUGUUGAAAUCCAUAUGGCCCCUCCAUACGGAUCGUACGUGCUCUUCGAACUCCAUCUCAUUGACGGUGUAUAUGGAAUAAAGUUAUUCUACCAAUUCUAUGAAGAAGAUGAUCCAGUUUCCUUUUCCUUAUCUGGUUGCGACGAAUUCUGCCCCUAUGACGAUUUUUACAGCCUGGUAGAACAGUAUAUACCAACAGACGACGAUUGCACAUAA